AUGCUGUGCGUCCGCGCGGAGGACGCGCUGGCCGCCGCUGCCGCCGUGGCCGCGGCGUCCGACAAGAUGCGCGCCUCCUCCGUGACCAUGGGCGGCUCGAUCCACAGGGCGAUGCAGCGGAUGGGCGGCGGCGGCGGCGGCCGGAAACUGGGCGGCGACGCGUGCCCGCCGUCACAGCGCCAGGCGCGUCUGACGGCGGGGAGCGGUGAAGCGUCGGCGUCAGUGUCGGCGAGCUGCUCCGCGGAUGGUAGCAGCAAUGGUGGUGGCAUGAGGGAAGUUCUCAGAAGGGGCGGCAUGCGGCGGUACAGAUCGCAGCUCGAGCAGGAAGUUAGGAAUUUGCAGAGGCAACUCCAAGAAGAGAUCGACAUGCAUCUGGCGUUGACAGAUGCCUUUGCGCAUAAUGCCGAACUGAUACUUAAGUCUUCCACAAAGCUACCAAACAAGGCCCAGGAGCUCAUAAUUAGUAUAUCAUGUUUGGAGAUUACUAUCUCAAAGCUUGAGAAGGAUCUAGAUGACCUACGCUACCAGUUGUGUCAUGUAAGGAACGAAAGGCUACUUGUAGAAAAUAGUCCAGAAUGCGUACUACCUACAUCAUCAACUAGUAAAUGUACACAGGAUGAACAUGUAUCAACAUUAAGGGAUGGUAAGUUGGGAGAGUACGAAUCAAUUCAGUCAGUGGAAGAAUAUUUGUUCCCCGAACUUCAAGAACAACAGGAUGUUGAAAAAGAGAGGGAAAACUGGGAGAUGGUGUCUCCAAGUGGGCAGCUACAAGAGCACCAAGUUGCCCAUUUAAAUACAUUGUUGGAAGAACACCAAGAUGAAGAGAUGCAAGAACCAGGCUCUUUAAAGAAGGAUGUCAAAGAAUAUCAAGGAAUAGACGUGUUGUCAUUUAGCCAAUCUGAUCCAAAGAAAGGCAGGAUGAAUGGAAAUAUGUGGAAGAAUCCAAAUCAGCUCUCUGGAGAGAUGGUGCGCUGCAUGAGAGAUAUCUUCCUACAUUUAUCACGAUCAUCCAAGAUAUCACCAAAAAUGUCUUCUGAUAAUUCAUCUUCAUCAGCGGGAUGUCUAUCUGGCUCUACAUUUACUUCCGUGUCAGAUUCAUCUUUAAUGGCCUCAGUGCUGCAAAGCCCUUCAGUUGAUUCAGAUCGCUAUGAUGAUAUUAUUCAUGAAGUGGGAAACUUUGAUCCAUACAAUGUUAAUGGGAAGGAAGCCCAAAGAGACAUAGGGAAGUAUUGUUCAGUAGCUGAAGUAUCUUGGAUGAAUAUUUGCAAGGAACAACUUGAAUAUGCGUCUGAUGCUCUCCAGAAGUUCAGGUCCCUUGUGGAGCAACUGUCAAAUGUUGAUCCUACUCUAAUGAACUGCGACGAGCGGUUAGCGUUUUGGAUUAACCUGUACAAUGCCUUAAUAAUGCAUGCAUUUUUAGCAUAUGGAGUCCCUGGGAAUGACAUUAAGCUUUUUUCGCUAAUGCAAAAGGCAUGUUACAUGGUUGGUGGACAGUCUUUCAGUGCAGCUGAAAUAGAGUUUGUGAUUCUAAAGAUGAAGAACCCAGCACACCGGCCACAAAUUUCUUUGAUGUUAGCCCUUCACAAGUUCAGAGUUACCGAGGAGCACAAGAAAUAUGCAGUUGAUGACACAGAGCCCAUGGUGUUGUUUGCACUUAGCAGUGGAAUGUUCUCGUCACCUGCUGUCAGAAUUUUCUCUGCCAAAAAUGUUCGAGAGGAGCUACAAGAAUCGAUGAGAGACUACAUACGAGCAUCAGUUGGUAUCAAUGACAAAGGGAAGCUCACAGUCCCAGCGUUACUGCAGAGCUACGCCAAGGGCACCGUGGAGGACUCUCUGCUCGCCGACUGGAUCUGCCGCCAACUGACUCCGGCCCAAGUCUCAGCAAUCCAAGACACCACGUCAUCGCGCAAGCAACGGCUCCUUGGCUUUCGCAGCUUCACCGCUACCCCGUUCGACUCGAAGUUCCGGUACCUCUUCUUGCCUGACAGGACAGAAACUAGGUAGAUUCCCAGCACUGAGGACAAACCAGGAGUGGGCAUUUUGACACAAAUGGAAGAUUAGUUGUACAUUGUUUUUUGUAGAUUCUGGGGUGACUGGUUCUUUUUUUUUCCUCUGUAAAGGCCAUUUGUUUAUUUGUUUCUAUCUUGUGUACUAAUAAAGAGGGGUUUGGUGGGAUACUUGACCACCUUUUAGCAGAACUUGUAACAUCACGAUGAUGUAGUCGCAAAACAGUUUUGUUUCUGGCUGUCUGGCUUGUAGCAGCUCAG